AAUCGAUUCGUAACGAACGUCGCACCAAAUCAUUGUACAGUAACGAGAGCGAUUGUGCAACUGAUUGAGCAGCUCAGAUGGAAUAAUUUCAUGUUUAUAUACAGCCAACAAGAAGAUUUGGCUGAAUUUGACGAACUCAUUUCCGGUUGGACAUCGACGUCCAAGGUGCGACCAGUUGUCAACGCAAGACAGCUGCCUUCGAAUACCGAUGAUUUUCGACCGUUCCUCAAAUAUAUCCGAAAACAACGACUGAAAAAUAUUGAUUUGGCAUUGCUGGGUGAUUUCUUGGCAAUUGCGAAUGGUGUAUUUCAGUGCAAUAUAACAGGGAUACAAAUCGUGAAGACCGAUCCACCCAUGAAGACUGAGCUCGCUUUAACAAUGGACGCAAUACAAGCCAUUGGAGCCGCGCUUCUAAGAUUGAAGGUUCUGGAGCAGAAUCCAAUGCCAUCGUCAAUGCUGUGCGAUGCACAUGAUCGAUGGACUGAUGGACCGAGUCUGAAUCGCGCGAUCAGAGAUGUAUCAAUGGAUUCAGCUUCAACUGGCAAACUUACGUUCACGCCAGCAGGACAACGCACUGAUCUACUAUUCAACGGCAUCGGUCGUAUCAACGGUGAAAUCGUUAAGGUAGGUGAUGCUUUUUGA